AUGGCAACACUGCAACUGUACACUAAGGGGGCUAGCGUCUGGAUUCCUCACGCAGAUACAGUGUGGGUGUCUGCCCAGCUCCUCCAAAAUUACAAGCCCGAUGACGAUUAUGUGCUGCUGCAGCUUUCCGGAGGGGAGGAGGUCCGUUACCCGUUGGUGGCGCCGUCUGACCUCCCCCCACUGGCCAACCCUGACAUCUCUGAGGGCGAGAGCGACCUGACGGCACUCAGCUUCCUCCACGAGCCCGCCAUCUUGCACAACCUCCGCGUUCGUUUCCUGGACUACAGCAGCAUCUACACUUACUGCGGUAUUGUGCUGGUGGCACUCAAUCCUUACGAUGAGCUCCCCAUCUAUGGCGAGGAGGUGAUCGAUGCCUACAGCGGUCAAGAUGUGGCCGAUAUGGAGCCUCACAUCUUUUCCGUGGCCGAAAAUGCUUACCGCACCAUGAUCAGGGAGGACAAAAACCAGUCGAUCAUCGUCAGCGGCGAGUCCGGCUCUGGCAAGACUGUCUCUGCUAAAUUUACCAUGAGGUAUUUUGCUGUGGUGGGCGGUGCCGCUCAGCAGACCAGCGUGGAGGACAAAGUGCUGGCUUCUAAUCCUAUAAUGGAGGCCAUCGGGAAUGCCAAAACUAUAAGGAAUGACAACAGUAGUCGCUUUGGGAAGUACAUCGAGAUCGGUUUUGGAAGGAAAGGAGACAUCAUCGGGGCCAACAUGAGCACCUACCUGCUGGAGAAGUCCAGGGUGGUCUUUCAGGCGGCAGCAGAGAGGAAUUACCACAUCUUCUACCAGCUCUGCGCCUCCAGACAACUGCCGGAAAUGAGAUCACUUAAACUGGCUACUCCUGAACAUUUCCGCUACACAAACCAGGGAGGAGAUGCAAACAUAGGUACUGAUGAUGUGAUGGAGAUGGAGCGCACUCGCAAUGCUUUCACCAUCCUGGGCAUGCUUCCCAAUCAGCAGAUGGAGCUCUUCAGAAUCCUAGCAGCUGUUCUCCACUUGGGAAAUGUGAUGAUUCAAGGCAGCGGACGAAGUUCUGACCGCAGUUACAUUGAUGCGGAUGACAGUUCUUUAGCCAUAUUCUCCAAGUUGCUCGGGGUCGAGGCUGCCCACAUGGCCCACUGGCUUUGCCAUCGCAAGUUGGCGCUAGCUGGAGACACACUGGUCAAGCCCAUGACGUCCCAGGAGGCCGCGGAAGCUCGAGACGCUCUGGCUAAGCAUAUCUAUGAGCAGACGUUUAAGUGGACCGUGCACAGACUGAACUCUGCUCUGCGCAGCCAGGCAGGCCGGGCCAAAACCUUUAUCGGGGUGCUGGAUAUCUAUGGCUUUGAGACUUUUGAGCGCAACAGCUUUGAGCAGUUCUGUAUCAACUAUGCCAAUGAAAAACUCCAACAGCAGUUCAACAGGCAUGUGUUCCAUCUGGAGCAAGAAGAAUAUGAACGCGAGGAACUGACAUGGAGCAGGAUCGAGUUCAGUGACAAUCAGCAGUGUAUCCAUCUCAUCGAGGGACCGCUCGGCCUCUUGGACCUGCUGGACGAGGAGUGCAGAAUGCCUAAAGGAUCAGACGAUAGCUGGGUCCAGAAACUCUACGACCAGCACCUGGCUAACCGAGGGCACCCUCACUUCCGCAAACCUCGCAUGUCCAACAGCGCCUUCAUCAUCUUGCAUUUUGCCGACGCUGUGCAGUAUGAAUGCGGCGGCUUCCUCGACAAGAAUCGGGACACUGUCUUCGAGGAGUUGGUCAACAUUUUGAGAGCCAGUCAGUCGGACCUGGUGGUCGAGUUGUUCCAGCAGCAAGGAAAAGGGCCGAGUAUGGCCAAUGGAAGUGUCCACGUGGGAAGAAGAGCCCACAGAGAACACAAGUUGACUGUGGGCUUUCAGUUCCGUCAGUCUUUACAGAUGCUGAUGGACACUCUGAACAGCACCACGCCACACUAUGUACGAUGUAUCAAACCCAACGACCUUAAGGAGCCCUUCAUGUUUGACCCGAAGAGGACAGUACAGCAACUGAGAGCUUGCGGAGUGCUGGAGACCAUUCGAAUCAGUGCUGCCGGAUUUCCAUCCAGAUGGACGUACGAGGAGUUCUUCAUCAGGUAUCGCGUUCUGCUACGAAUGUCCCAGUGCCGGGAAGAAGCCAGGGUCGCCUGCCGGCAAGCCUUGCCUCACCUUAUCCCUGACUCUGACCAAUACGUCUUCGGAAAGACCAAAGUCUUUUUCCGGGCUGGGCAGGUGGCUCUUCUGGAAAGGUUGCGAGCGGAGAAACUACGAACGGCUGCUGUGAUCCUUCAGAGUUGGGUCAGGGGUUGGCUGACCCGCAUUCACUACGACAGAAUCCUCACAGCCAUUGUCACAAUGCAAAGAUAUUGGCGGGGAGCCUUGGCAAGACGUAUGGGCGAGACGCUGCGCUAUACCAGAGCUGCUUUGCUAAUCCAGAAGACGUACCGCAUGCUUGUGGACAGGCACAUGUUCCUCCUGGUCCGACAAGCCGCCAUCACAAUUCAGGCCUUUGUCAGAGGCAUGCUAACCCGUCGUUAUUACCGACAGCUUCUCGUCGAGCGAGCCGUCACACUCCUCCAGGCCAGAGUGAGAGGGUGGUCGGCGAGAAGGACCUUCACCAGAUUCCGGGCGGCUGUGGUGAUUGCGCAAUGUUGCGUACGUCGUAAGGCGGCCAGGAGGGAGCUGCUGAAGCUCAAGACCGAAGCCCGCUCGGUGGAGAGGUAUCGAGAGCUCAACAAAGGUAUGGAGGUGAAAUUGAUGCAGCUGCAGAUGAGAGCAGACCAGGAGGCCAGAGAGAGCGCCGCCCUUAAAGAGAGCCUGCGUGCCGAGCGAGAGGUGGCGGCCGCUGAAGUGACCGCUCUGAGGGCGAAAAUUGAGAAACUAGAAGCGCGUCAGAAGAAUGCCGCCCCUACUCCAGCUCUUUUUUCCAUCGUCAGCCAGGAGGUGGAGCUGGAAAAGAGGCGAGCGGAGGAGAAGGCUGCCCAGGAGCACCUCCAGCUGACAAAAGAGGUGGAGACACUGCAGAGAGAAAAAGCGUCACUGAGUAGAGAAGUAGAACAUCUCCUUGCACGCAUGCUCCAGCAGGAACAAGCGCAAGAAGCUCUAGUGCAAAAAGCUGUGUCUGAGGCCACGGCGGCCGUAAGGGCGGAGCUGGACGAAGAGAAGAGGAAGCACCAGGGCCUCCUGAGAGAGUUCACUAGGCUGGAGCAACGAUAUGACAACCUGAGCGAGUUGAGCCAGCUUACUGAGGACACCAGGGGGCUGAGGAGAAACGACUCUAUCUUCAACUGGGAGCCUCCGUCGCCCUCACCUCAAUCCCUUACCCCACUCUCCCUCUCACCCUUCCCGUCCACCUUCCCAUCUCCAGAGGAGGUGCGCCGGGUCAGCGUGACAUCUCCCACGGCCGAUGGAAGAUUCACCGAAUGGAGUUCGGACACGCUGAUGGAGCAGCUGAUGGACAAGAUGGGUUUGACCAAUGAGGCCAAGCUGGAAGGAGAAGACCUCGCCAGCGCGUACGACGCAGUACGUGUGGCCAACAAGCUUUUGGAGAACCAGUUGCUAAGUCAGCGCAGUCAAUGGGAGGAAGAAGUGGAGCGGUUGAAGGUUCAGCUGAUCCGGGUUAGCUCGGGUUCAUCUACUCAUCAACAGCUCUUGGCGGCCCGCGAUCAGGAGUGUGCAACUCUGAGGAAGGACCUAAGGAACACAGUCACAUUUCGCCGACUUAUUACUCAAGUUUUCCCAUCAGCAUUUUCCACUGAGAGUCCUUCUUCACCGCAGCAGAAAUCUCCCACAGUUGCUGGUUUACUGGAAUGCAGGAGGCGAGAUGAGAGCAAACUAAUCAAGAAUCUCAUCACUGACGUGCGUGCGGACGUGGGUGCAACGCUCUCUCCCGGGCUGGCGGCCAACGUGGUCUUUCUAUGUGUUCGACAGGCGGACAGAAGGGGUGAUCAAAGCGGAGCUUCGUCGCUAUGUCGCGCUGCUGUCGCUUCCAUGAAAACUGCUUUGAAAAAACACAACAACGAUUCAGACAUGACUGCUUUAUGGCUGAAAAACGUCAGUCUGUUGCACGACCUGCUGACUCAACACUCCACCGAACAGACGCAUGAUUCCGAGGACUUGUUAACGCUGACAUUUGACGUGAAAGAUUUGCGCCACUCGCUGAGCGAGCUUCGCAUCCAGGCGUACCAGCAGCUUGUCUCCAUCACAGAAAAACGCCUGCAAAACAUCAUAGUCGCCGCGCUGCUGGAGAGCGAAGAUAUUCCGGCGGGCCUUGGCAGGAGAGCGGGCCCCGAGCCCGAUGAUGCCAGCGUAACCCGGGUGCUGAAAGAACUGACGGCCCUCCACGCCGCCAUGUCCCGUCAGGCUUUGCACGUGGCGCUGAUGGAAUGCGCGUUCCACCAGCUCGCCCACUUCAUGGCUGCCGUGGCACUCAACAAUUUGCUGCUCCGGAAGGACGUGUGUUGCUGCAGUCGUGGGAUACACAUACGGCUCAACGUGAGUCAGCUGGAGGAUUGGCUGCGGAGCCGGCGACUGCAGACAGAGGGCGCCGUCUCCUCGCUGGCACCGCUCAUUCAGGCCGCCCAGCUGCUUCAAGUGGGCAAGAACUCUCCCGCUGAUGCGCAGGCCCUCGUGCAAGCGUGCAGCGCUCUCAACAGCCAGCAGAUUGUAAAGAUUCUCAGCAACUACACGCCUCAUGGUGACUUUGACGAAAGAGUCUCGCUCAAUUUCAUCCGCAUGGUCCAGGGUCUCCUCAAAGAACGGGUGGACGCUCAACCUCGCCAGCUCUUCUUGGACGUCAAGCGCGUGUUUCCCGUCACGUUUCCCAACGAGAAACCGCCAUCCGUCCGCGCGGAUCAGCUGACCAUCCCGGACUCCCUCAAGAUAUCCUUCCUUCGCAGAGUGUGA